AUGACUUUAAUGAGAACAGGUAAGUCAAGAAGACUUCAAUCUGAUGAGAGGCCUUGUAAGAAGAAAAAACAAGAUACAAGGUCGCAGAGACUUAGAAGGCAACAAAACACAGUUAAGUGCAAGAACUGUGGUGGUUUGGGACAUAAUAGCAAAACAUGUCAUAGGAGGGCCUCCAAUGAAGAAGCUGUGAUGGGAUCACAUAUUGUUCAAGCACCUCAGGAUGAUAGGGGAGGUUCAAACAUGUCUAGGGAUGACGGUGGAGGCUCAAGCUCAGUGCACAUCACAAAGAAACAGAAAAAUCAUCCUACAUUGCUACCCCCAAGAGGUGGUUGCCAAUUUUUUGAUUGGGAGGAUCCUCCAAUUUGUCGUCGCUCGAGGGCUAUAAUUCCAGGACUACUACGUAGGGUCCUUCACUGCUGCUUCAGUUGA